UGCCCGCUGGGUAGCCCCGCCCACUCCCGCCGCUGCUUCCGCCGCCUUCGCCGCCACCGCCACAGCCUCGGUUGAUCCGCCGCCGCCAUGAACAAGAAGAAGAAGCCGUUCCUGGGCAUGCCCGCGCCCCUGGGCUACGUGCCGGGGUUGGGUCGCGGAGCCACAGGCUUCACCACCCGCUCCGAUAUCGGCCCCGCGCGUGAUGCCAACGACCCCGUGGAUGACCGCCAUGCCCCGCCGGGGAAAAGGACAGUUGGGGAUCAGAUGAAGAAGAACCAGACGGCUGAUGACGACGAUGAAGAUUUGAACGACACCAAUUACGAUGAGUUCAAUGGGUAUGCUGGGAGCCUGUUCUCAAGCGGUCCCUAUGAAAAAGAUGAUGAAGAAGCAGAUGCUAUUUAUGCAGCUCUGGAUAAAAGGAUGGAUGAGCGGAGGAAAGAAAGAAGGGAACAGCGAGAAAAAGAGGAAAUAGAAAAAUACCGUAUGGAACGACCCAAAAUUCAGCAACAGUUCUCAGACUUGAAACGGAAGCUAGCAGAGGUCACGGAAGAAGAGUGGUUAAGUAUUCCAGAGGUUGGUGAUGCCAGGAACAAGCGUCAGAGGAAUCCUCGCUACGAGAAGCUGACUCCUGUACCUGAUAGCUUCUUUGCCAAGCAUUUGCAGUCUGGGGAGAAUCACACUUCUGUGGACCCACGGCAGACGCAAUUUGGUGGAUUGAAUACUCCAUAUCCAGGGGGCUUGAAUACUCCGUACCCAGGAGGAAUGACGCCAGGCUUAAUGACACCUGGGACAGGUGAAUUGGAUAUGAGGAAGAUUGGCCAAGCCAGGAACACCUUGAUGGACAUGAGACUAAGCCAGGUGUCAGACUCUGUGAGUGGGCAGACUGUGGUGGACCCGAAAGGAUAUCUGACGGAUUUGAAUUCAAUGAUUCCCACACAUGGAGGAGAUAUCAAUGAUAUCAAAAAAGCUCGUUUGCUCCUGAAAUCUGUACGAGAAACCAAUCCUCAUCAUCCACCAGCCUGGAUAGCAUCAGCCCGACUGGAAGAAGUCACUGGCAAACUGCAGGUGGCUCGGAAUCUCAUCAUGAAAGGAACAGAGAUGUGCCCCAAGAGUGAAGAUGUUUGGUUAGAAGCUGCUCGGCUUCAGCCUGGAGAUACAGCCAAGGCUGUUGUGGCCCAAGCUGUCCGCCACCUCCCUCAGUCUGUGCGGAUCUAUAUCAGAGCAGCAGAGCUGGAGACAGAUAUCCGUGCCAAGAAGCGCGUCCUUAGGAAAGCCCUUGAGCAUGUUCCAAAUUCGGUGCGUUUGUGGAAGGCAGCUGUGGAGCUGGAAGAACCUGAGGAUGCCAGAAUCAUGCUGAGCCGCGCUGUGGAGUGCUGCCCUACCAGCGUUGAACUGUGGCUUGCUCUGGCAAGGCUGGAGACAUAUGAGAAUGCUCGUAAAGUCCUUAACAAAGCCCGUGAGAAUAUUCCAACGGAUCGUCACAUCUGGAUUACUGCUGCCAAGCUGGAGGAGGCCAAUGGAAACACCCAGAUGGUGGAGAAAAUCAUCGACAGAGCCAUCACAUCUCUUAGGGCCAACGGUGUGGAAAUCAACAGAGAGCAGUGGAUACAGGAUGCUGAGGAAUGUGAUAAAGCCGGAAGCGUGGCCACGUGCCAGGCAAUCAUGCGAGCUGUGAUUGGGAUUGGGAUUGAGGAAGAAGAUCGGAAACAUACCUGGAUGGAAGAUGCAGACAGUUGUGUUGCCCAUAAUGCUCUGGAGUGUGCCCGAGCAAUUUAUGCUUAUGCCUUGCAAGUUUUCCCAAGCAAGAAGAGCGUGUGGCUGAGAGCAGCAUACUUUGAGAAGAACCAUGGAACAAGAGAAUCCUUGGAGGCUCUUUUGCAGAGAGCUGUUGCUCACUGUCCCAAAGCAGAAGUGCUGUGGCUCAUGGGAGCCAAAUCGAAGUGGCUGGCAGGAGAUGUGCCAGCAGCCAGAAGCAUCUUGGCCCUGGCUUUCCAGGCCAACCCCAACAGCGAGGAGAUCUGGCUGGCUGCCGUCAAGCUGGAGUCGGAAAACAAUGAAUAUGAAAGAGCAAGGAGGCUGCUGGCAAAAGCUCGCAGCAGUGCCCCCACCGCAAGGGUCUUCAUGAAGUCUGUGAAGUUAGAAUGGGUGCUUGGAAACAUUGCUGCAGCCCAGGAGCUUUGUGAGGAAGCCCUAAAGCACUAUGAGGACUUCCCCAAACUGUGGAUGAUGAAAGGACAAAUCGAGGAACAAAAAGAGCUGGUGGAGAAAGCAAGGGAGGCUUACAAUCAAGGGUUGAAAAAGUGUCCCCAUUCCAUACCCCUGUGGCUUUUGCUGUCCAGACUGGAAGAGAAAGUGGGGCAGCUGACCAGAGCAAGAGCCAUCUUGGAAAAGUCUCGCCUAAAGAAUCCAAAGAACGCGGACCUCUGGUUAGAGUCUGUGCGGUUGGAGUACAGAGCUGGGCUAAAGAACAUUGCAAAUACUCUGAUGGCCAAGGCCUUGCAAGAAUGCCCCAAUUCAGGAAUCCUGUGGUCAGAGGCAAUUUUCCUUGAAGCGCGACCGCAACGGAAGACCAAGAGUGUGGAUGCCCUGAAGAAGUGUGAACAUGACCCACACGUUCUGUUGGCUGUGGCCAAAUUGUUCUGGAGCGAGCGUAAAAUAACGAAGGCCCGAGAAUGGUUCCACCGAACAGUGAAGAUUGAUUCCGACUUGGGAGACGCCUGGGCUUUCUUCUACAAGUUUGAGCUCCAGCACGGCACAGAGGAACAACAGGAAGAGGUGAGGAAGCGCUGUGAGAACGCCGAACCCCGCCACGGAGAGCUUUGGUGUGAUGUCUCCAAAGACAUAGUGAAUUGGCAGAAAAAGAUUGGAGAGAUUCUUGUGCUUGUGGCCGCCAAGCUGAAAAACACCUUCUAGAGUUUGCUGGCUUCAGCUGCAUCAGUCACCUCUGUAGGACUUGUCUGCUUACCUGUUUUCAGUUCAUUUGCUCUUACAGUGGCACAGAGCUCAGAGGACAGGAGAUAGAUGGCAACAUGAGAGAUCUUUCCUCCAAGAGAAAUGCUGAUUCCUCCUCCUUUAUCCAGUGAUAGUGCUCUAGGUCUCACACAAUGCAGUAAUUAGCUUCUGCAGCACAAGUGCACCUAAAUCGCCUCUGGAUGUUGCUGCUGGUGUAAACGUAGGGAGGGAGCUGAGCAGUUCUGUAAGGCUGCAUUGGCAUUUUCAUUCUGAUACCUGAAUCCACUCUCUAUUUAGAAGCCUUAAUUCGUGCUUGUCUGGUUUCUGAUCUUCAGCAGUGGCUCUGGAUUCCUCUGUAGCAUGAAGUGCCUGUCCUGUCCUUGUCCCCUACUCUGUGCACUAUGGGUAGUGUUUGGCCCACCUGAUGCUGGUUCCUUUCAGCAGAUCUGUUGUGUUGUGUCCGAGCCCUCUUGGAGGAUAUGGGGGUUCUGCUGGGAUGGAGCUGGGCAGCAGGGGGGGAUGGCUGGGAUGAUCCUUUUUUUUUCUAAUUGGUCUCCUCCUGUGGCAAACUGCAGCACAACUCAGAAGUAUUCCUCAAACCUGACUAGGUGGAGCAUUUUGUGGAAUUUUAGAGACUUCCUUUUUUUUCUUUUAAAUGUACAUAGUAAAACCUUUAUUCUUCUAGACGCCCCAUUUCAUUAAGCACAGUGAUAUUUUAAAAUAAUGAGGCAAAACCCAGCAAUCCUCGAAAUCCCUUUGAAGGAGUAAGGCUUCAUUAAAGCCUUUGGGACAAUGUGCAACUGCUCUUUCACUGUGGGUGUUUUGGAUGACCACCUUCAAGUGCAGAUGGCAGAAAGGCAAUGUUUUGGAGGGAGAGCUUUGGUGUUCUUGGGACCCUUUACAAGUUGUCUUCGAUUUUCUACGCUUGGAAUCUGUAUUAUUUUGACCUAGUGAACCUGACUUUCUUGUGAUCGUUCAUCGAACUUAGGUAUAUGAAAAGUGUUUGGGUCUGUGUAUGUGUGUCACAUAAUGUAUUUAGCUGGAGGAAGAACAAUACCUUAUCAAUUGUCUGGAAAAUCUGUAUAAAAUACAGCUCGUGUUUUGUUUCCUUA